UGUGGCUCAGGGUGGUGGUGAGAUGUGGCUCAGGGUGGUUAGAUGUGGCUCAGGGUGGUGAGAUGUGACUCAGAGUGGUGUAUCUUUGCAUGUAAUGCAUUAUCCAAUAUAGAAUGUUUUUUGGAAAGGCAAGUUACAGUAAAUUUUCGACAAGAUGGGGCCAGUCAGCCCAGAGAAGAAAAUAUUAUUGGCAAAGAUGGUGGGAGGUACUGAUUUACCAACCAGUGAUAUUGUACAACUACUGGCCUCACAUGACACCCUGACCAAAAAGCUGACUUGCUAUCACAUUGCUGAUAAAUGUAGUACUAAUGCUGACCUAGCUCUUCUGACUGCCAACCUGCUGUUGAGAGAUGCCAGCGAUGCCAACCCAAGUGUGCGCAGUGUCAGUAUUACUACCCUGGCAGCUUUGCCAGGAAUAGAGGAGAGUUCUGUCCGUGCUAUUGCCUCAGCUCUCUCUGACCAAGCAGCAAUGGUGCGUCGAGCAGGUGCAGUGGCAUGUGCACGGCUGUAUUCCCAUGCUCCUCGGUCUGUUCUUGAAUGUGGUUUGGUGGAUGCCCUUUAUGAAGGGUUGCGAGACUCGGAUCCCAUUGUUAUUACUAAUUGCAUUCUUGCCCUUGACUACAUCCUGAAAGAAGAGGGUGGAGUGGUAGUCAAUAAGAACAUUGCACAUUACCUAAUGGGGAGAAUAAUGCAGUUCUCUGUGUGUAAUGGUGUAUAUGUAUUAUCGCUCCUUCUCAGAUACACACCUAAAACUGAAGAAGAGCUAAUUCUUCUUUUAAAUACCUUGGAUGAACUCUUCUUAUCUAAGUCUGCAGCAGUUCUUGUAGCUACUGUAAAACUGUUCCUUCACUGGACUAAAGAUCAUCCUCACCUAAAGAAGGACAUGCUUGAAGUGAUUCAGCCAUCUGUGUGCAAGAUACUUAGUAGAAAUGUUCCUGAGAAUUCAUAUUUGAUAUUGGAUUUCAUGAGCACUCUAGGAGAUACACAAAAAAUCUUUGGCCCACACUAUAAAUUCUUCUUAGUCCGAGCAAAAGAUCCAGGGUACUUGAAGACUAAGAAGUUAAUGGUGCUUCCUUUUGUAAGCACAGAAAACAAUGUUUGCUGUCUUAUAGAAGAGGUAAAGCCAUAUUGCAGUGAUUAUCAAAGUUUUCAGAGUGCAGUGACAUGUUUGGGAGCACUGUCCCAGAUUAGCUCUGAGGCUAAUGAAAUGUGUUUGUCAAUACUGGUAACAUUAUUAGAUGCACCAACAGAGAAAGUGGUUAUAGCUGCAUUAGAAUGUCUUUUGAAGGUUGUUUAUUUAUUGCCAGUGACAAAUAAUUCUGUCUGUCAUUCCAAAGAGCAAGCAUUAUCCUCAGGGUCAUCUGAUUCUGAAAGACAAGUGCAUGGUGAAUUAGUUUCUGUUCCAUCCACAUCUCAGGACAUACCUAAAUCUGAGACAAAACCUCUGCCAGAAUUACCAGAAGACCUCAUAAGAGCAGUAACAAGAGCAUUGUCAAGAGGCACUGUUCAAGAAACAGCUCCUUCUUUAGUGCUUCAUGUUCUCAGUAAAUUAGCUUCAUAUUUGGACUCUGCUGCAGACAUACUUCAGCGAAUGUCAUCAUUGUCUUCUUCAUCUACUGUGGUCCAUGCUGAUCUAGUUACUGCAGCUGCUCGAAUAUUUUUGUCUCGACCAGCACAGUCUCAACUCUUAUUAGCUGCUAUACUUUCCAAAGCUCUGAAAACUCCCGGUGAACCAGCAUCUCGUGCUGCUUUAGUUUACUCAGCACUUCUUGAGGGCCCUGCUAAUGCAGCCCAUCUUCUAGGGGCUGAUGUUCAGCAUGUAGCACAAAGGAAACAGGAUUGUGAAGAGCAGCUGGUGAAUGACUAAUUAAUAAGCAAUUAUUUUACAAAAGGCAUUUGUUAAGUUUCUUAGUGUUAUCAUAAAUGCAACCUAAAUUCUUUAUCAGUCAGUUACAAUACAAUAGUACUGUAAUGGGGUCACCCUUCAAGGGAUGUAGGUGCCAUGAUGCUGGUGAAGGGCAUUUGAGCGAGGAAAUUGGAACUACCGUACAUUUUCUAAGAUCAAUCCUGAUUGCCUUCUGUUUCUCAUUCACAGGCACUAUAUGACCCCUAUGGGUCAUAUAGUGCCUGUGAAUGAGAAACAGUAAUAAUAUACCAGGUUUAAUAUUUGCAAUUUUAAUAAUAAUAAUAAUAAUACUGUAAUAAUAAUAAUGAAAAUUAUUUGUGAAAAAUUAAAUUUAUAUUUUAAUUUAUUAAAUUCUUACAUAAUUUAAAACAUAAAAAGAGACAGUUUUAUUAUAAUACAAGGCUGUUUUUUCCUUUGGAUUUCUUCAGUUUCUGAAAUCCCCUUUUACAGCUCACUGUUAUCGAAACUCUUAUAACCUUACAUGAAAGCUAUAUAUACAGGAUUUUUUGUUUGUGGGAAUUAAUUGAUCCAACAAAUGGUUUCAUCAUGCUUAAUUUUCAUCUUUAAAGAAGACUUUUCAUUUAAAGAAAAUAAAUGGACUACAGUUCAGCAUUUUUAGUAAUUUUUUGGGUGAAUAUUCAAAAUUGAUUAAAAAAACACCAGGGGUACUAUUUUGUAUUCUGAUUAAAAAUACACACGUAAAAAAAGUUAAAAUCAUAUAAUUUUAACGUGAUAUGAGGCAUUGUUUUGUUGUGAAGCCCUUUAUUUAUUUAUUUAUUUAUUUAUUUUAUGUCUUUGCAAACAGUACAUUGAGAUUUUGUAUUUACAAUAGUGGGUUGCAAUGCAAAGAGAGCCUUUAUUAUGCCUAGGCAUUAUGAGCCAACUUAACAUUAUUGGCUUACAGUCUACUUAACACUAAGGAGUAUAUCAUAGUUGUACAGUAGGAUAGUAAUUAUUUCAUAGUUGUACAGUAGAAUAUUAAUUAUAAAUGAAUCAAAAUUUGUAUAAUACAAAGAUAUAUUUAUACAGUAUUUGAAAAUGCUUUUUGUGAAAACAAUGAUUCAAUUAUAUUCACUUAUAUUAUUAAUCAUUAUACAAAAUAGUAUCCUUGGUGUGAAUUUAAGCAAUUUUGAAAAUCUGCCCCAAAAUGGCUAAAAAUGCUGAACUAUAGUCCAGUGAUUUUUUUUAGAUGGAAAUCUUUUUCUCUAAAAAAAAGAAAAUUAGGCAUGAUGAAACUGUUUGUUGGAUCAAUGACUUCCCACAAACGUGAAAAUAUCUUGUAUAUAAUAGUUUUCAUGGAAAAUUAUAAAAGUUUUUGAUAAUAUGAAUGAACUGGAAAAAGGGCUUCAGACACUGAAGAAAUCAGAGGGAAAAAAGUCUUGUAUUAUAUUCAAGUAUCUCUUUUUAUGUAUUAAAGUAAAUAUUGUUUUUUUUUUUCUUUUUUUUUUCAACAAGUCGGCCGUCUCCCACCGAGGCAGGGUGACCCAAAAAAGAAAGAAAAUCCCCAAAAAGAAAAUACUUUCAUCAUCAUUCAACACUUUCACCACACUCACACAUUAUCACUGUUUUUGCAGAGGUGCUCAGAAUACAACAGUUUAGAAGCAUAUACGUAUAAAGAUACACAACAUAUCCCUCCAAACUGCCAAUAUCCCAAACCCUUCCUUUAAUAAAGUGCAGGCAUUGUACUUCCCAUUUCCAGGACUCAAGUCUGACUAUAUGUUAAUUAGCAUAAAGAAAUGGUUCAAACAGUGAUUUUAAGCAAUUUUGACAAAUCUGGUGAUAGUGUACAAUUGAUGAACUGUAUGUUGUCUAGUGACUGAAGAAGGACCAGGGGAGAAAACAAUUUUUUUUUCUAAAAAUUGUAUUUAUCAUGGAACUGUUUGUUAGAUUAGUUAUUUCCCACAAAAAAUAUACAUUUAUGAAGAUUAGAA